AUGAAACAGAAUAACUCCAAAUUGGCAGCCCUACUACUGGGCUACUCUGACGAUGAAUCCUCAGAGCCCACACAACGUUCGCCGAGACCGUCGGCAGGAAAAUACAAAAAGACACCCCCUUCUGGCGCACCAAAGGGUCCUAGACCAGGGCCUUCCUCAGCUAGAGCGUCUAGGAAUCCAAAGACGGGUCCUAAGAAACCGCCAGGGAAGAAACCCCAGGCAAAGUUUCAUGCCCAGGACGAAAGAGACGACUCAGAGUAUCCUUCAAAGAAACGGAAGAUACAGCAGGCACCAGGCCAGAAGGGGGGCGUGUCUCCCAGAAACUCUAUGGUCCACCCUAGCAGAAACAUAGCUCCAAGAAAUGCUACCGUCUACCCUAGCAGGAGCCCAUCUCCAGGAACCGCUACCGUCUAUCCUAGCAAAGGUCAGUCUUCAAGAGACCUGACCCACCCAAGAGGUAAUAUUCCUCAGAAACAGUAUGUUUCCCAGCACUAUAGCCAGACCGAGUCAAAUGCUCCGUCAAAGCAGAAUCAGCAUGUUUCCCAACAUUACAUCCAGACCGAGCCAUAUGCUCCGUCAAAGCAGCAGAAUUAUCAUUCUUCACAGCCUGGUGCAUCGUCGAACGUGCACCAUGAAAGAGAAGACCGUUUUAAGCCUAGCGCAUCGUCGAACGUGCACCGUGAAAGGGAAGACCGUUUCAAACCUGGUGCAUCGUCAAACGUGCACCGGGAAAGAGAAGACCGUUUCAAACCUCGUCUGCAUUCCUACGAGGACACCAGGAAUCCUGGGCAGAGGAAGCAACCUGGACCUCCUCCGCCUAAGAAGAAGUACGAGGGACCUGGGCAGAAGAAGCAAUCUGGACCUCCUCCGCCCAAGAAGAAGUACGAGGGACCUCCUUGCAAAAGGAGGAACAGUGCCGAUUCCGAUACUUCUACAAGUCUGAACGGCCAGGCCAAGCGACCAAGAAUUACGGACAACAGACCAGUUGGGAAGUCGAAAAAGUCAUUUGACAAGACGGCUCUUCCCAAAGGACCCAAAAUUAUUGACCACAGACCAGCUUUCAAUAAGACUUCCUCGGCUGGGUCAACAAAUUCGGGUUCUGAGAGCUCAGAUAACGCAGAUGUCAAGAGCCGUAACUCGUCCACCUCUCCUCCCCCAAGACUGAACAAGCAAGUAACCCCGAAGGUUGAAGAAGCUGAUCCACCGCUUCAGAAGAAGCCAGACCCACCCCUUAUUUCACGGCCCGAUGAAACAUUCUCCAACUUGGACUUGAACAAUAUUCCUGUCGUUACAAUCAACCUAGGCUCCGGGAUACCCCAUGACCCAUACUACACUGAAGCUGCACAAGUCAAGCCUGAAUCUGAACCUCUCAAGCCUGAACCUGAACAAGCCAAGCCUGAAGCCCCAUCUCAUGACUCAGUCAUAGAGACCUUAAAGCAAUUGGCCAAAAUACAUUCAAAACCCUCUGAUAAAGUCAUUGAGGAGGCUCUUCCUCAGGCUCAUGUCGAAAGACACUCGGAGCCCUUAGGUGAUUUCAUAAGCUUAAAUGAUAUGGAUGAGGGUUUAAGCUUCAAACCCAAGAUUCAUCCGCCUGGGGAUGGAAAGUCUACCGUGCAUCAAAAUCAGGCGGGUCCUUCUAAGAAUCGAAAAGGUGAUGCGAAAAGUACAAGUGCUGAUUCCAAAGUUUGCUUUAUAAGUUUGGAGCCUCUUGCACCCACAACGUCCCCCAAUGAGCCUACAAUUCAUCCCGAAAGAGCCCUUCAAAUGCAAGGAAAUCGUAACUCGGGAGAAUCGAGUACUUCCAAUCUGUUUCAGCCUAUACCCAUGCAAACUUCUGAUUUGGCUGUUAAGAUCCUCAGACAAAGGCAUCCGCUGAACCGUGGACAAGCCGGAGUUAACGUCAACGGUCAACUGGAAGAAAAACUGGGGGUGCAUACUCCUAGAAGCCCCUUGAGUCCAAAACAAGAGCCUGGAAGUCAGGCUUCCAAGAGUGUUAGUUUUCGCUGGCUGCAUGGCUCGUUGGAAAGAGGAAUGACUCUGGACAAGACCAUUUUGUGGAACUACACGGAGCCUAGAGAAGGCGCUCCUCUUGGAUAUGGCACAGUCUACGCCAAAACUAGUGCUGGUGAUGACCUCACAAUCGAAAGAGUCUACUUCAAUCGUACAGCGUCGAACGUCUAUGAACCUGGCUGUAAGAGGCCAUGGCUUCUCAGCCAGGGCACUGGAGUUCUUAUCAACGAAGAGGGAAAAGUCAUUGGCUCUCGUGAUGACCAAAGGACAGGAUACUACUUGGAUUUGAAAUGCCAGAUCAACCCGCUGGUGGUACCAGAAGUCAACGCAAAGAAAUCAAAACGUUCGAAAAAACAGAAGAAGAAGCUUGAGAAACAAGCAAUGCAACAAGCUACACAAGCUACGCCAGUGCAAUGA